UAUAUUAUAUGACCCAAAUUAGCUUUUUUCUUUGAUUAAGUUUCUGAGAACAACAACUUUCCUUGACUUUCUCGUAGAUUACUUCGUUGAAUUUUCUUAACUUGCUGCUUAUCUUGCGCUAUAAAUAGGUGCUCCAUCUUUGAAGUUCAAAGCUCUUUGAUAGUUCUUUUCCAGAGCCAAAAAAAUAAUAAAUGAAGUUCUUGCUAUCGAAUCGUCGUGCGCUCUCUUCUUCAUGCCCGGGGCUUGCUAGAGUUAAGGGUGGACGAAAUUGGGUAUGCAAAACAAGUUCCAGCAAUAUUGUCCGUAAAAAGCCCAGAAGAUUACUCAACAGAAGGCAAUCGAAUAAGAGAGAGGUACUGAAUGGGAAAAUAAAGGAACGCAUAGCUCGCCUGAGGUUGGAGAUGGCAGAGAUUAGUGCGGAGCAAAAGAGCAUUGCGGAGGGACAAAAACAAGUGCGGAAGAAGACCGAGGAGAUUCAGAGGGAACGCGAGCUGCUGUGGAAGGAAACAGAGCUCAUUGCGCAGCAGAGUAAGGGCAUCCGUGAACGUUUAAAUUUAAUGUUCCAAAUUUUGAAGGCAAGAGUCGAGAGCGAUUCUGCUAAGGUCGCUCAACUCACUCGCUCUCUCAGGGACUUGAUGAUAGCGAAGCCAAAUCCAAAAUAAGAACAAGAGGACGUGUUGAUGAAUCCAUAUGGAACUAAUAAAUAAGGCCUAUGUGAAGGUUUCUACAGAGUGCUAUGUUUUGCAUAAUGUAAAAAAAAAAAUUAUGUAAUUAUGUAGAGGCUAAUUAUAUUUGUAUUUAAGAUUGUGUUUCAUUAUAAGCAAAUCGCACAAAUCUUUUACAACCAACAAAAA